CAACUCGGAGACGGUCCAGAUGAAAGACCGUCUCGUGAUAAACAAUUCAGCGAGGAAGUACGUAGUGGUCAUACUCCGGGAGUACGACACGGUGCUUCUGCCACUUCAACGGCAGUGUCACCGACGAGCACCUGGAUCACGACGGAACUCAAUGAUCAGAUCUGUUCCUUUUGUUGGAAGGGAUUUCGUGAAACCUGGGUCCUGCAACUGUACCAGGUCUCCAACCUUAAACACGGUCAUGAUGGCAGAUUCGUCCAGGUUUGGUAUUAAUCUGGUGUAUGCUGUUAAAAUCGCCGGAAUACUUCGAGGGCACCAGUUGCCCAACCAACCCGAAUACUACCUGAAGGUUUCAGCACCGAUGUGGAGGGCGGUCUGCUAA